GGGAUCCUAACCUAAGAUGGACCGCACUGUGAUCUUCCUAUGGGUGCUCUUUUCAGCUACAGCUUAUACAACGAGAGGACAAAAUGCAAUUAGACUAGUCAAUGGAAGACACAGAUGCGAAGGACGGGUGGAAGUGUACUACAAUGGAAGGUGGGGGACGGUCUGUGAUGACUUAUGGCAGAUGGACAAUGCACGAGUAGUGUGCAGACAGCUCGAAUGUGGAGUUGCUCUCUCAGCACCUGGUAGUGCUCGAUAUGGCUCAGGCUUGGGUGCAGUUCUUAUGGAUAAUGUUGUCUGCCGUGGGAGUGAAGAACGUCUAGACCAUUGUACCCACAGAGGCUGGGGAGUCCAUGAUUGUUCCCACAGUGAAGACGCUGGUGUCUCCUGCUCAGAACUGAAUGUCCGAAUGUUGCCUGCAACUGAGCAGACUUCAGUGAAACUGCAUUUGCUACAAUAUUUCAAGAUUUCCCUAACAAGCUUUCUCCCCUUCUUUUCUUUAUUCUUUUUAUUACUAAAUUCUGCUGAAGAUGUUCCUUCUACAUCUGCCUAUAGCUGUGGCCAGACUUUCUCAGAUCCAGAGGGCUCAUUUACUGGUACAUAUUAUGAUGGAGACAGAAAAAUCUUGGAGUGUCUUUGGAAAAUCCAGCCCAGUAAUAAUCUUCCUAUAAAGAUAAGCAUUGAUUAUGUGGAACUAGACUGCAGUCAUGACUAUAUUGAAAUCUUUGAUGGAGAGAUAGACACAUCAGCAAAACUGGGAAGAAUAUGCAGUGGUUCUGACUCGACAUUCAUUGCGUCUUCCGGCACGAUGUCAGUUUUGUUGCACAGAGAGUCUUCCCAAGAAGGUCUAGGCUUUUUUGCCUAUUAUGAGACAGGAGCUUUUACAGUGACCCCUGAACCACCUAUCACAAUGACCAAUGAAAUAACUGGUCUUAGCAUACAAACUGAAGCAUCUGGUAAAAGGCAUCUGACCUACCUCCAUAAGAGAGUGCUAAAUCUUAGUUUUGAGUAUGCUGACUUUUUAGAAUGA